UCUUAAAUCCAUUCCUUCAUAAAUUUCUCUCCUCUCAACUCUCUCUCUCUCUCUGCAAUAUUGAACUCUCACCACUCUUCUUCAUCAUUGCUAUAUGCUUAAGCUUUACAUCACCAUCAGCAUUGAAUCUUUCACUGCAUAACAAUGCAAUCUAAGAAUAAUAUAUUUUGGACAUUGUUGGUGACGGUGUCAGAGUAAGAGUUAUUGAAGCCACAGUACAUUUGUUAAAGUGAAAGAGAUGUUUAGAAUGAAGAAAGGACUAGCUUGCUGCAGCAGAGGGAAGAAAAUCAGCAUUGAUUUUCAUGACCAUGAGAGAAUUAUGACAUAUAAUGGCCUUGAGAGUUGCAUUCUAAACAAUCAGUCUUAUGAAGAAGAAAGCAGAACAAGUAGAGGAGACGGAGGCAUAACCGAUUCAUUUGAUGACGAUGAUUCAAGCUGUUCUUCAAGCAAAGAUGCGUUUGGAUCAUUCUCUUCAAAGUGUUUAACAAUGAAAAGGGAGGAUGAACAAGGACUUGAGGAAUGGGAACUCUCAGAAAGUCCGCAACAUUUUCAUGUCAAAGAGAAACCUUCUUAUGCAAUCCAACAUUCAGAUAUUGAAGCCAUGAAGGAAAAUUUUUCAAAGCUCUUACUUGGUGAAGAUGUUACUGGAGGAACUAAGGGCAUUACUACAGCUUUGGCACUGUCUAAUGCCAUCACAAACUUAUCAGUUACUGUUUUUGGUGAGCUAUGGAAAUUGGAACCGCUAUCUGAAGAAAGAAAGAGCAAAUGGCGAAGAGAAAUGGACUGGUUACUGUCUCCUACUAACUAUAUGGUUGAGCUAGUUCCUGCUAAGCAAAACAAUGCCAAUGGUAGAAUCUUUGAGAUAAUGACGCCUAAAGCUCGUGCAGACAUUCACAUGAAUCUUCCAGCACUCCAGAAGUUGGACUGUAUGCUUAUCGAUGCACUUGAUUCAAUGGUGAAAACAGAGUUCUGGUAUGGAGAGGGAGGAAGCCGGACUGAAGGGAAAGACAUGAGUGUGCGGCAUAGUAAAAGAUGGUGGCUUCCCUCACCUCAAGUACCAAAAACUGGGCUUUCUGAUACCGAAAGAAAGAGGUUGGUUCAUCAGGGGAAGGUGGUACGCCAAGUAUUCAAGGCUGCCAAAUCUAUCAAUGAUAAUGUGUUGCUUGAAAUGCCUGUGCCAAUGGUUAUUAGAGAUGCACUUGCAAAGUCUGGAAAGGCAAACCUUGGACAAGAACUGCACAAGGUUUUGACAGCUGAAUCAACUUCUGGAGAAGACAUGAUUAAAUCUCUCAAUUUAAAAUCUGAACAUAUGGCCCUUGAGACCAUUAAUAAAUUGGAAGCUGUUAUAUUCUCGUUGAAAGAGAGAACUAUGGAACAAGUCACUGGCAAAUCACCGGUUCGAACCUCAUGGUCUUUUGUGAAGGGCCCUAUGUCAGAAGCUGAUAAAUUGGAGUUAUUAUUGGACCGUGCUGAAACACUUUUACAGCUGCUUAAAAUCAGAUAUCCUAAUCUUCCUCAAACAUUUCUUGAUGCUGCUAAAGUUCAAUAUGGCAAGGAUAUUGGACAUUCCAUUAUGGAAGCUUAUUCAAGAGUUCUUGGAAAUUUAGCCUUCAGCAUAUUGUCUAGAAUAGGAGAUAUAUUACAAGAGGAUUGUCUAAGCAGUUCUAACUCACUAAGUUGCUCCCCUGGAAUAAAUAUCUCUGAAACUUGGAUGGUGGAUUCACAUAUUAAGCAAUCCUUACUUCAAAAGAUAAACAAAGCAGAUGGAAAAUGUUGUGACAGUACUUCAGAUUUAGAACUCAAAUCAUUUGAUGCUAAAUCCAAAGAUGUGAUAAUAGCUACACCAAACAGGAGUAGUGUCUGGUGCAUUAGUAGAGAGGCUUGUACAAGUGUGUCUACUCAAAAUUCGCCAUAGAUUUUUUUUAUAUCGGAUUUGUAAAUGAUAUUGUUAUUAUUAUAUGCUCAGUAUGAAUAUAUAGAAGCAAAUUGAUAUGUUUGCCUUCUCAUAUUUUUUGGGUUGUUUUAGGCUCUGAUAACAUAUUAGAUGUAGAGCUCUUUAUUGACAUUGAAGAGGAAAUAUCAGAAAAAUUGUGUGUGAAA